AGUCGCCUCCGGAGGGAGGAAGAAGAGGACGCCGGGCGCGCAGGUGAGCGGCAGCCGGGGUGGCUGCGGGUGAGGGGCGGCCCCCGAGAAGAGCUAGGGGCUCGGGGCGCCGGCGGGCCGUCAGGCCUUCCGGAUGGGGACGCGACGCCAUGCAGCGGGCUGGGCCGAGAGGGGCGGCAGGCUGCAGGGGCCCCGCGCCCGUGUUAAGAGGGGUCUGGGGGCCGGUCUGGCUGGCCUGGCUCUCCCGGCUCCCCUCAGACCUCGGCGCCCCGGAAACGCACACUUGGGGCUCCGCCGUCUCCGCUGGGAGGACUGGAGCCCUUCUCGAGCAUCCGCGCCCGCACCCGAGCAUUGACCGGUGCCCAUUGUCAGCAAGUUCUUCGGCCCCCGCCUCAUUCAGCUCGGUGCCGAUUAUCACAACUGUUUGGUGACCUACUUCACUGACCUGUGAGGAUUCCUUCCCUUCAAGUACUGGAUUCUUGAUCUUCCUGCAUCAUCAAGAAUGGAAACAGACUGUAAUCCCAUGGAGCUAAGCAGUAUGUCAGGAUUUGAAGAAGGUUCAGAGCUGAACGGUUUUGAAGGAACUGACAUGAAAGACAUGAGGCUAGAAGCUGAAGCAGUUGUAAAUGAUGUUCUCUUUGCUGUUAACAACAUGUUUGUCUCGAAAAGCCUGCGGUGUGCGGAUGAUGUGGCCUAUAUCAAUGUGGAAACAAAGGAAAGAAACAGAUAUUGCCUAGAACUCACUGAAGCAGGGCUCAAGGUGGUAGGCUAUGCUUUUGACCAGGUAGAUGAUCAUUUACAGACUCCCUACCAUGAAACAGUCUACUCCUUGUUGGAUACACUCAGCCCCGCCUACCGAGAAGCAUUUGGAAACGCACUGCUUCAAAGACUGGAAGCUUUGAAAAGGGAUGGACAGUCAUGACUACACUUUUUCCUUUCAGAGGGGCUGGUGCUGGUACAGAAUGUUGAUAUAAAGCUUAAAAUUCUUGCAUAUGGUCAUAGAAAAUGCAUCUUUGGUUUUGUGUUUUUAUCACUUGCUUCCAACUUAGGCUUUUGGCUCAGAAGAUUAUUGAAUAAUGAUUUGUCUUAGUUUCUGUUUCAGUAAGGGAAUUCUGAGGCCGUUGCUAUGAUACCAUCAUUAAGACAUUCACAUGUCUUCAUAUAAUAUCUCUUCAUUUCAAAUCCUAAUCAGUAUUUCAUACUAUUACAGGGCUUUGAUGCUGCCAGCACUGUCUUUUACAUAGGAAAUUCUAGAUUUGCACAGUAAUAGAGGAAUUAGAAGUACCUAACUAUACACUUUGAUUCAGCCUGCUAAAUCAGGGGUUCAAUACUAGCUUGGACAAACUUUGUAGUAAUUAAUUGCUACCAGCCUUAUUGGAAACAAAUUAUCAACUAGUUUCCCCUGCACAAAUUUUGAAAUUCACUGCUUCACUUAAUCUAUUUAUAUUACUAAUAAUGGAUUAAUAAAGAUGAAUUAAUUAUAUAUUACUUAACUAGUAUUAAAUGAAAAACAGGGACUGAAAUAGUUCUGUAUUCCGUGUUUGCAACAGCCAGCCAACUAAGCAGAGGAUAAGCCGUUAGCAAAUGAAUGUAAUAAUUACUCAUUUCCAAGAUAUCUAAGCACAUAAGCAAAUACAGGAACAGACUUCAUUCUUUUUCUUAACAAAAAAGCAUCUUCAGUGUGUGAUUUAAAAGAAAGAAGAUUCUGGUUUCCUAGAAAACAAUAUUUUGGCCUGUGUUGAUUCUUAUUCUGAAUGUGUGUUUACAUAAUGUACAGUAUAUAUUCAGAAAGUAUUUUUGCUUCAACGUUUACUUUCUAUGAUGUAGUGCUUUGGUAUUCCCACAGCACCCCACCUUCCCCAACAGAUGUACAGUGUUCUGUCUCCAUUCGAAAUCUACAAUGUAAUAUGAGUGCAUUGUAUGGGUUUGAAACCAAAGGAUGAAUGAAGCAUUCAGAGACUUAAUAUUUGAAAAAGGAAUAGUCAGUAUUUUAUAUUUUAUUACAGGUACUGAUAUUUAUAAAUUUAAUAAACUGUACCAUGCUGCUGCAUGUUUUCAAGUACAUGUUGAACAGUAAGGAUUGGGGAGUUGUUUUUUAAUGGUCACCUAAAGCAGCUGCUGUAGAAAUGUUGAACUAAAAUUUUGCAUCUGGUCACACCUUCAUGCAUUUAUCAUUUGCAGAUAUUUUUCCAUCAUUAUUAAAAAACAGGAACUUUUAGGCUCUGAAGAUCAUGUGGACCAGAGCAAAUUAAAGUUCAGUUUAUGUCACAAUUCAUUGCCAGACUUCAUUGGAAUGCUUUGUUUGAUGAUGUAUGUUCAUUCUCAGCUUUAUUUUCAGAUGCUUAACUGGGCAAUGAAGUCUAACUUCAGGUUGAACUUUCUCAUGCUUAAUCUCAGGCUAAAUGUAAAUGAUAUUUGUAAAGUUUGAAUACAAUUCUGUUUACUCAUUUUGAGUUAGUAUGAAAAAAAGUGAUUGUAUGUUUAAGAAUUGAAAUUGUUCAUUUUGUGAUAAAUGAUUAAUUCCAA